AUGUCGGAUCCUCAGGAGCGACGUCAAAUCUUGGAGAUCCCUCCUCAGCUAUACGAAAAGCUUACAGAAUGCCAGCUUCCUCAUGUCCCAAUGACGGCUGAUGCUCUUCUAGAAUGGGCAGAGCUGUUGUCGACUCAGAACUUCACAGAUGUGAUUCUCGAGGACACAUCAAGCAACCUAGUCGGGCUACUUCGAGCUUUGAGCGCUUUCCCUUUCGACGACGAUUUCAACGCUGCUAGAAAAUCUGUCAAAUCAUUCUCCAUUACUAUCAAAGAUCCAUCCGGAAAAGAGGGUCACCCUGAGAGAGACGCUCUUGGGUCCCUGCCAGUCUCUCUUGCCCAAACGAUUCAUGGAAUGACCAACCUUCAAACCAUCUCUUUGGAUCUCGGACCUUUCAGUGUGGAGGAUGGGCAGAAAUUUUACAAUGCCGUAAUGAGCAGUCCCCCUAAACCCAUUUGGAGGAACAUGCAGUCUAUCAGGAUCCGAGGCCUUCAUGUGCUAGCCGCUUGCAUCAUGUGCCGCUGCGACUAUGAAUGCCUCGUGGCUGUCGAUGUCGAUAACUGGGUCGGCUCACACCCCUUUGAGAAGAUGGUGGUAAUCGACCGUCUUGACAGAGUUCGCUUGUAUUACGACAAGGAUCAUGCGACGAGCCCCGUCUAUAACGAACUGAAGUUUCCAUCAACCGCCACUGCAACUUGGAAAGAAUUGAUGCGGGUAAGUCGCCGAGUCCUAGGUAUAGACUGGAUCGCCCUGCAGGAAGCGGAUUGCGACAGGAGCAACGAGUUUACACAACUGAACCACGUUCAAAUGAUCCAAACCGCAUUCAUGAAUGUUCGUGCGGGAGUGGAAAGGAUCAAAAUGACACGCCUGGCUUUCCACUUUGACUACCGCCGCUUCAGUCCAAGUGUCAUCCGCCGUAACAAGGGUAUGCCCAUUACAAAUCUACCUCUGAACCCUUAUGAGCUUGGGUACUGGUAUGAGAAGCGGAUCAUACACCUGAUGCGAGCCUCCAGACUGAGAGAGGUUUGGAUUUUUGUUCACAGUUCUCUCGCUUAUGUUGGGACCUACGACGGCUAUGGGGACAUUGCCGUCCAACGCCGCGAGUUUGGCGAUGAGCCUAAGCAAGGCUUUCCUUGGGAGCUUAUGGAAGAUUCCGAGAGCAAUCAUUACAGUCCUUAG